AUGGGCUGGCUGCAAUCUGGGCUGGGCUGUCGGCGAACUCUGCAGACCAUUGAGAUUGCUAUCCUAGAUGCAAGUGUCCUGCCGGAUGCCUUACGCGAAAGCACUGUUGACUCUCGCUUCUCUUUGUUCUCAGACUCCUGUCAUUUCGUUUUCCACUAUUCGAGUGAUCCGCGCACAACGGGCGAGUCCGUUGACCGGAUACCCCCGCCGCCGCCGCCGCCGCCGCCGUUGUCCGUCCGGGUACAAUACGCCAAUCGCUCCUUGGAGCGGCAUGCCCUGUACAUAGCCGAUCACUCGGGAACCAGCAAAAUUGCCCGUAAAAGGCUCGGAAAUAUCAACAAGUCCAGUCGUUACUGCACCGCCCACCCAGCAUCUUCCGUCCGCUCCAAAUCCGGAUCUCAAACAGCAACUCGGUCACAGUCGGUCUUCAUCUGGUAUGCACUGUGCGUGAGACGCGAACAGAGCACCGACCGCCCGGCCCUCGACGUUGCCCCUGCUGACGAAACCCCGGCUCCUGGACCCCAAAGACAAACUAAGAAAUUCCCAAGAAAGCAACACAGUGGACUUGAGAACAUGGCCGCGCCGCCGGUCGACAGAGCCAUAAUCGCCGAGAAAAAAGGGACCUUUCAACCACGAACUUGUGCCUUGUGUGCUUUGGGGAAGCUUUCGGAAACUAACCUUUCUGGCUCUGGCUGCACGAAGCACGAACAGGGCCUCCGUUCCGAUGCUCAGGGGAACGGCGGGUUGAAGCGGGGCGGCGCCGUUGGAGGAGUCUCAUUCGAUUCGUACAAACACCUCCAUGUUCGGUUCGGUCUUGACCCACGCCAUACUACCGAUAGCGCAACCCGCAGGUUCUACAUAUUCGGUGAGGGGCACAGGGCAGGUGAUGGACGGGAUUAUCGAGGAUUCCCGUCGAGGCUCCAGUGUCCGUGUGUGCUUCAUUCUAUUCCAUCCAUCACAGUGGGCAUUUUGUUCCAGUUUGCUAAUGGAGCGCUUGCAAGUGAGUGGUGGUGCUCCAAAGAAUGGAGCCUUUUUUACCAGGCAAUCCCCGUUCAAGUCAAGUCGGAAUUCCAUGGCUCCAUCGUCGAGUAA